AUGAGCGAGGAGGAGCGGCAAGCCUUCCUGAAGGUGAGUUUUGAAGAUAUGGAGUCGUACUGCCGCUCGAGAGGGUUGCUACAGUUGACACGUGUGCUCUCAGCUGCUGCAGAGAAGAAGUUCCUCGGUUCACGUGAUAAGUCGUGUUUUCUUUGGAUUUGCCCCGUAUGCCCCAUCAUCAUCCCGCUUCAUGAAGGAUUUUAUCACGAUAAGACGCAGUUUAUGAUUCAUAUGGAGACGUUCCACAUUAAGAUUGAGGAUGAAGAGUACGAAAAAAUGCGGUCAAUAAUGCCUGAAACAAUACCUGACCAUGAGAUGGAGCUUCUCAAAUCAUGGAGAUGGGAGCCACAGCCAAUCGAUGGAGAUGAUUUGGCAGAGAGGGCAAAGAUCUUGAGCGAUGUUAAGAGGAUUGUUUCUAAGCUCAUUGAUCGGGAGGCCAUCUCUCUCAACCUUCUGUACGCCAUCUAUACGUUCAUAAUGACCUGGGUUAGGCCAGCCAGACCUUAUGUAGUAUCAAUGUGCGGGUGCUGUGGGAUCGGACAGUUGAGUUCUGAGCGCCUCAAGGAGCUGUAUAAAUUGCUCGAGCCACUUACAUAUAUCCUUACAGGUUAUGAACAUCAGACGCGUCACAAUGGUGAACAAGAGAGCCAGCAGGAUUCGCUUGUUGCAACUUUCUUGGUUAAUGAGACAGGCACCUACAUGUGUUUUGAUUGUGGGAAGAUUGCGUCAACAAAAGCUGAUGGUUCUAACCAGCUGAUAGAUGAAAUGUUUGACAGUCUAUUCUGUGAAUCAUUGCUUAUGUAUCCCUCGGAAUCAUGGGAUGACAUGACGCAAAGAUGUUUUGGUUUUGGACCUGACAUCGUUAAAAAGAUGAGGGAAGCAUUGGAUAAACUGAAGACGAAUUGCAGCUCAUGUGAAAUCCUAAAAGGCAAAUUUCCUGAUUUUUUCCUUCCUGACGCUAUACUUGAGACUGUCUUUGACGCCAAGUCUUAUUUUCAUUCUGGGAUUGACUGUGCACAAGUUGAAAUGCUAUUAAUUGAUGCUGAGGUGGAUUACCUGAGGAAAAGACUUUUGGAAACCUGUCGAAUGAAUAUCGUUCUGACCGUUUUACCUGUUGCAAAGGCUUGCCUUUGGGACAAAUGGAAUAAUAGCCCCCCACAGAAGGCUCUGCGUCUUUGUCCACUAAAUGAUCUGGAACUAGAAGCUCCUUUGGAUAUGAUUCUCCGGUCUUUGUGGCACCUAAGGCGAUUCCAUGAUACUCUUCAGAAGAUACCGUGUAAAUUCCCUCAUGUUAAAGAUGGAGAGAGUCAAAUUGGGAUGGAAUUGCGUGAAAUAUUUGAUUCUUGGGAUGAUGAUGAAGAAUGCAAACCAUGCGACCCAUGUGGGUCAACAAGAUUUGCAGAUUUUUCAAAUUCUCUGGUUUAUAAAAAGGAUGGAAAUAGGAGGACUGCAACCGAAAUUGUGAAAAUAAUCUUUCGGAGACUGCACUCGUCGCAAACUCCUUUGCAUUUUGAGUUCAAGUGUGAAAGUUUGGAACAGCAAACAGUAGUUGAGCCCAGUCUACAUAGUUGUAUAUGCCUAAUGCAUGAUCUUUUUGGAUUACACAUUUGUGAAAAUAAAUGCAACUGUAUGAAUGAGGUCCCCAGGAAAUACAAGCAUACUACAUUCUUCCACAAUAUUGAUUUGGGCGCUGUUGGAAACGCUAAGUUUGAAUCUUUGAGUGAACUCUUGAAAGUUAUGGAGUCCAGGAUUGAAAGUUGUGGGCAUAAGGUUCCCCAGUACUCUCUUUUAUAUCCACCACGUUUGUUCAUGACUGUUUUCCAAUGGAAGAAUGACAAAGUGUGCCACAUUAACAUGCAUGAAGUAUUGUUGAACCUAACAACGGAGUUGGACAUCAGUCAUUUCUACGGAGGUUUGCCUCCAGGAAGCAAUUAUACUCUGGUUUCUGCGGUAUGCUGUAAUGAUCGGGGGCAAUACAUCUGCUUUGCUCGCAACAACAACAGAUGGCUCACUUACGGAAACAACGCAGUCAUGUCUGCUGAAUCCUGGCAAGAAUCAACCGACCGGUACCGUCAGGACAAUCUCCGUCCUGAAGUCGUUUUCUUUGAGCAUGCCAUACGCUCCAGCAGAUGAAACUUCAAGGUCUGAUGUGGCUGUAGAUUGGUACCAGUUGAGGCAUGCAGACGUAGUCCCCUCCCUGGAGCACAUAAGGAAUGAUCGCAAAUGUUAGCUGAUUUCUGGGGCGUUGAGAUCAGGGGAACUCCUUUGCUUCGAGAGCAUCACGCCCACGGCGGAGUCAUGUGUAUACUUGAGUAAUUGCAUGCUAUCUCCGGUCACUGAUGCAUGACGUUUUGGGUCGAGCCUUCCUCUCGCGUACGGUGGGCCCCACCCGACAUCGACCGGAUGAACCAAAACACAGCAACAAAAAGUAGUCGCCUUCGUGCCGCCUCCGUUCUCGUUGUCCGUUCGGCAGCCUCCUUCCCCUCCGAUAGCCAGUGUACACAAAACCGUGCUUAUCGCGGUGAUUAUCACUGUAAUUACACGUAUCGCCAACAUACGUUAGCGGUUUUUGGCGAUACAGUUUCAUAAAUAUCGU